AUGAUUAGUUCACUCUUCAGAGCAAGAAAACCCAUCACCCAAAUCGCCCAAAUAGUUCCCAUAAACCCACAAGUUUCACAGAAACUCACUCCAAUCCCACCAUCAAUCCAAUCUCACCAAAACCCAUGUGCCCAACUGCCCUAUUGCCAAAACCCUUCAAGGGUUUUACAGAAUUGUUCAUUUUCAACCCAGUCCUCCAAGUUUCCAGAGUAUGAGAUGCCCUCUGUCACUUGGGGUGUGGUCCAAGGCCGCAAAGAGAAGCUUGUCUCAAGGGUUAUAAUAUGUGAUUAUUUAAAGAGCUUGGGCAUAGUUCCUGAUGAGUUAGAAAACUUAGAGCUACCCUCUACUGUUGACGUCAUGAGGGAGAGAGUUGAGUUCCUUCAGAAGCUAGGAUUGUCCAGCGAUGACAUUAAUGAGUACCCCUUGAUGCUCGGAUGUAGUGUGAGAAAAAAUAUGAUACCUGUGUUGGCUUACUUGGAGAAAAUUGGGAUUCCAAGGUCGAAACUUGGUGAGUUUGUUAAAAAUUACCCACAAGUAUUACAUGCUAGUGUGGUUGUUGAGCUUGUGCCGGUUGUUAAGUUCCUUCGUGGGCUUGAUGUGGAGAAGCAGGAUAUUGGCUAUGUGUUGCAGAAGUAUCCUGAGCUUCUCGGGUAUAAACUUGAGGGGACAAUGAGUACUUCAGUGGCAUAUCUUGUUAGCAUUGGUGUUAAUCCUAGGGAUAUAGGUCCGAUGGUCACACAGUAUCCUUACUUUUUGGGAAUGAGAGUUGGGACUGUGAUUAAGCCAUUUGUUGAUUUUUUGGUUUCCUUAGGCUUGCCAAAAAUGAUUUUGGCUAGGAUGUUGGAGAAGCGGGUAUAUUUACUUGGUUAUGAUCUGGAGGAGACUGUUAAACCAAAUGUGGACUGUUUGAUUAGUUUUGGGAUCCGGAGGGAAGUGCUUGCUUCGGUUGUUGCUCAAUACCCCCAAAUUCUUGGGCAGCCUUUAAAGGCCAAAAUGUCCUCACAGCAGUAUUUCUUUAGUUUGAAGCUUAAGAUUGAUCCUGAAGGAUUUGCACGAGUGAUAGAGAAGAUGCCGCAGAUUGUCAGCCUUCAUCAACAUGUGAUAAUGAAGCCAGUUGAGUUCCUUCUUGGACGGGGAAUACCUUCCGAGGAUGUUGCCAAAAUGAUUGUAAAGUGUCCCCAGUUAAUUGCAUUGCGUGUUGAGCUCAUGAAGAAUAGCUUUUACUUCUUUAAGAGUGAAAUGGGUAGGCCACUGAAAGAGCUUGUGGAAUUUCCGGAAUACUUCACUUACAGCUUGGAAUCCAGGAUAAAACCUAGGUACCAGAGGUUGCAAAGCAAGGAGAUCAGGUGUUCUUUGAAAUGGUUCCUGAACUGUAGUGAUCAGAGGUUUGAGGAGAGGUUGCAAGGGGAAUAUAUUGAAACAGAGACUCCAGGUCCAUUAUUUUGUAUGGGUGGAAAGUUAGAGCUGCCUGGAAAUGAAAUGGUGUCAGAUGAGGAAGAUGAGAGUGAUGACGAAGUACUUUACAGGCGCACUGUUUCACUGUAA